AUUAUUCGUGCAACCCAACGGACAGCCUCAAACCCACAGCAAUUGAAAUACGGAAUGGCGCCUCAUAUCAGGACGCUCAAGGACGUUUAAACGAAAUGCGGGCCGACUUUGAUUGAACCUGGCAUUUUUUUUAAAUUGUCAUUAGUACUUGUCUUGACCGUUCGUCGCUUAACAAUGGUCCGAACAUCUCUUUUUGAUAGUGGAAUUUGUCAAGCUAUUAGCUGUGAGCUGACCAUCGGGUGUUGUACAUUUAUACUUGGUGUCAUCAAUCGCAGCCCAAUCUGCUUAGCUGGUAACUUUAUUUUAGGGCAUAUUCAGCCAUGGAGUGAAAAUAGUAGGUGACUGUUAGUAGGAGACAAAUGCAUUUGAUAUUAGUUGGACUGAGAUGGCCACGGAGGAAUAUGUAAGCCCCUUUGAUAACAGGUUCCUGAUAACGGUAGUCGAGCAUGAUUUAUACAGCAUAUAUCCAACCCCACACGUUCCGGUGCAAACUAAUGUUCCUCUCCGUUAGAGUUGGUAAUUACUCAUGCGACUGAGGAUAUUGCCAACCCAAAUAUUCUUCCAUCGUUAGGGAAUAGCGAUCACGCCUUUUUAUCAUUCACGUUUAGAGCUAGUGGCAUGAUAUAUGAUCAGGUUAAGCCCCACCUGAAUGUGUGCAGAGCUAACUUAUCGGUCAUUCGGGAGUUCGCUGCUAAGACAGACUGGUCAGUAGAUGUUAGCUCAUCAGUUGAAGAAGCAUGGUCUAUAUUUAAAGGUAAGUGUAUUUCAAUUACGUCCUCGUUUUUAUCAUGCCUGGUACCACUUAGAUCGAAUAACUUUCCACCAUGGAUAACUAAAUAGGUCAAGAAUCUUCUUGAGCGUAGGAAAAAGCAUUGGAUAUGUUCAUCUCUACUGGCUUACAACAAUACAGAUUCAGUUAUUUUAAGACUAGAAAUGUCUUUAAUAAAUAAAACCGGAUUUCAACAAUCCGAAACAGUUAUUCUCGUAUAUAAAAAGGCGGACUCAGAGAAGCGAUGGGAUUCCAUCACUUUCGGUACAAGAAAACUCGUUAAUAUUGGAAAAAUAUGAUGCCGAAAAAGUUGAAGCUUUAUCGAAAUAUUUCAGUGAAGUAUUUUUCAUCGGCAGUGAGGAAUGACCAACUCUUAAUUGUGAUUGUGGUGACCGGUUGAUGAACCCUGUAGUUAUUGAGAAAGGCACUGUCCUAAGACUACUUCAGCAUCUCAAACCUGAUAAGUCCAGUGAUCCUAAUGAUAUUCAUCCUAGGAUUAUGAAAGCCGUAUCGGGUAUAAUUGCAGAACCUAUAGCCAUGCUGUUUGAUAUGUCUCUGUGGCAGUCCAGACUGCCAUGAGACUAGAAAGAAGCAAUAAUUAGUCCUCUGAUGACAUUAACAUUUGGAGACCCACACAUUGUAUGUCGGAUAGAAUAGUAUUACAGAAUAAUCUCAACUCAUUGAUGGCAUGAAUGGACGGAUGAUCACUAGAAGUGAAUCCUAACAAGAGUGUGGUGUUGCAAUUAAAUAACUAUGAUGAUUCGUAUCACUAUUUAAUACGUGGAUUCGUGUUACCCAAAGUAAUGAAUUAUAGAGAUUUAGGAGUCAUAAUAAGCAGCGAUCUCAAAACUACGAGUAACCGUAAGGCUUCUGCUGCAAAGUGCUAUAGGGUAUUAUAGGCUAUUCGUAGGUAUUUUCAGUAUCUAGACGAAGAAAUGUUUAGAUUAUUAUACCUGAUUUUCGUGAGACCGCAUUUAGAAUAUGGGAUCCAAACAGCUAGUCUUUGUUUCAAGUAUGAGGCGGAUGUGCUGGAACGAGUCCAGCAAUGAGGGACUAACAUGAUAAAAGGUCUCUCUGGUGCAUCUUAUCAAGACAGACUGAGACACCCCAGCUUAUUUCCCUUACCUUACUGUCGAAUACGGGGUGAUCUUAUAUCGUACAAUGAACGAUAACCUUGGUAUUAAUAAACCUUAUCUUUACAUUCCGUCUAGGACUGGUCAUUUGCGAGGACCUUCGAAGAAAGUCCAAAGACCGAGAUCAAAUUGUCUACGUCUGGAGUUUUGUUUCUCGCACCGAGUAGUGAAUUACUGGAAUUCUCUACCGGAACAAGUUAUAUCAGCACUUUCAGUUGAUAUGUUCAAAACGAGAUUGGAUCUCCACAGUGUUACAAACUGCAAGAAUUGAUAUAGGUCGAUAGACCUCUUUUCCUUAUUACUGAAGACUAAAUUGUUUUUGAACCUCCAGACAAUUUUCUUCAGUUCGAAAUUGCACAGCCACGUACUCUAAAUUUAGCAGUUCACGCGGUUGAUGAAACAGAUCUACUCUUCAGAUAGAUUUCUUCGGUAAAAUUAGGUUCGGCAGUAACGCUAUGGAAAAUUUUCACCUUUCAAGUUCUUUUCAGUGAACGUGUUAAAACUAGUAAAACCCGUCCGUUAUCUAUCAGUAUACAGGUACCCGUUUAUCAAAUAAUUCUACAUUUUUGCCAUAAUGGUGAAGCAACAUUGCCUUGAUCUACUAUUAAAUAAAAUACCUUCCAAUUUUAUCGCCUACAUUGACGAAUGUCAUAUGCCUCACAAUAAUAAUAGUUGGCUCUGGAAAUGUUUAAUAAAUGAGAAUUGUGAAAAAUAUACAUGUAUACUUGUUACUUCUGAAUUAUACAACUACAAAACUCUUGAGAAUUCUCAUCAGUCACUUAAAGUUCUGCAUACUAAUAAUUAUGAAACUUCUGAAAGUCUUUUAAAUAAGCUGUCAAAAGUAUCCUGUUCUGUUAAAAAGCAGAACGAUCAACAAACAUUUAUCUUCAUAGAGUCAUUAUCCUGGUUUUUAAUUGACUGUCCUAUCGAUUAUGAGUUUGAUUACUGGUGUCAGUUUGUUAUCGGUUCUUUGUUUAAUCUUUCUUUGACACCCUAUGUAAACCGAGUAGUUUGUAGCUUUAAUCCUGUAAUAGAUAAUUCUAGCAAGGCAUAUUAUGGUGCAUCUUCCACAGUAAUUGAUACACUAGAAGCAUAUGCAACUUCUGUUAUUUACUGCCAGUCAUUGAUAGAGAUCUCGAGUAGUUUGACGAAUCAAAUCUGUCAAUCUGUGAAAUUAUUUCAUCGUCGUAGCCUUCAGGGUGAGUGUAAUAAAUGCAUAGAGAACUCAAUCUCUUUCAAUAAGUCUGGAUUUACUGAGUGUGGUACCAUCGAACUUGAUACAAGAGCUUUGAAAAUUCUCAAGUACUCGACAAAUAAAAAUGAAUCAGAUUCUUUACCAAUGCCUAGCCCUUUACUUAAGAGUACUUUCAAUCUAACGAUGACUGAAAGCGAAAAAAUUGCUCGUAGUUUCGUCGUUUUACCGCAUGACGCAGUUCGACUAUCCAACACAGUGGAGAAAAGUGAAUCUUCCGGUUGUGUUAUCCAGUAUCAGCCUGAUUGUUUUGAUGAUUUAGAUGACGAGGAUCCAGAUGAUGAUUUAGAUAUUUGAACAUAUAUUUUCAAUAUAUUGUGAAUUAUUUUGUUAUAAGAAAUAUUUUGAGGCUUUACCUUUAUAAUCUUUUCUAUAAACUGUUUUAUUCCCAAGUAUUAAAUUGUAAUUAUUACUUGUAUUUCAUAUAAAAUAAGACGUGUUAGAUCAUGUUAUAUAACUAUUGUUCAGAUUAAAUUAUAAACACUCAGUAUUGUUUACUUGUGGGAAAUGUUAUGUUCCCAACACAAUUCAUUAAAAAGGAAUUCAGAUUAAAUUUAUAAAAUGAUUUAAAUGUAAUUGUUAAUCUAAUUUCCGUAUUAAGUUAGUGCAACUUUCAUUGUGUUAAGUAAUUCGGUGUGAUUCGCAUUAAUUUAACUUUAGAAUUAGUUCUUUAUAAUUUCCUUUCAGCAGGACAUUCAUCUGAAUUAAUUUUGUGUAAAGUUCAUCCAGUGGGGCAAAUAAUUCAACUAAUGAUUACCACGAUAAAAUCUGUAUAUAAAUUAAUGUAUUGGGAUGGGCCUCUAUCAAUAAAUUUUCUUGGCAAUCUUU